GUCCCGUAACAUGAUGAGAUACUAUUGCCCAGUUGUUAUAGAGUCCUCGAAAUGGUCCAUCAUAAAUGACGUACCAUUUUCCUUUCUUUGAUUUUCUUUCGUCUUCUUCAUACUUCUCAUCUUCUUCUACCAUGUCUGACCAUUUUGUUGAUGACGAUGAAUGGUGAUGGUAGUUUUUAUUUGCUCCAAUUCCCCCCGCCUCUGAGAAAGUUGGACUUCGAGAGCACGAAUUUGUUCCUCCUUUUGCUGUUGCUGGUGCUGCAUUUGCUUGAUUAUUCCUUCCAUUCGCGUGUAAGCGUGUCCGCUAGUGGAUUUGCU